AUGGGAUCGGUUGCACUUUUUCUAUUUUUUUUAUUAAUUUUUGGUGCAAUUUUUCCAUGGACCGCAUUAUUUGAUAUACAUUUACAAUUUGGAGUUGUUUAUAGUUUACUCGAUCCAGCAAUUGCAAUGUGAGUUGUUUUUUUUUUAAUUUUUUCAAGUUUGAUGUUCACAGACUUUGUAUAAUUCUACCAUUUUCACUGUGUUUGUUAUUAUAUCAUCAAAAACAUGCUGCAUUUUUACGUAAAACUUAUUUAAUCACAUCGAAGUUGAAAUCAAGAAAUACAAGAAAAGUUGUGUAUUUUUCGGGAACAAGAAACGAGGCGAAUAUUUAUUUUGAUCAAUUGGAUGCAUUAUGGAAAUAA